AACAUCACCAUUGUAAACAUAAAUCCCAGGUCUGCAUCAAUAUGAUUUGAAGCUGUUGUUUAAGAAGACAAACAAACAGUAACAUAAUGUUGCUUUAACAAAUGAAAUGACUGCAUGUGGGGUUGUUUUACAGAAUUGGAAACUAUUACCAGACACCACAGCGUUUGGUUGGUUUAAAUUUUUAGUGUUUGGGUUUGAGUCUCCUUUUUUCUCAAGUUUUCCCACCAUAACAGUUUCAUUAUGAAGCGACUGAGUGGGGGCUUUUAUUAUGAAGGGACGGCGGCUCGGCCCCCGGUGCUCGGUGUGUGUGCUGUGCGGCGGUGUUGACGCAGCUUGGGGCCGGUGAGUGUGAAGCGCUGACAGGACACUGGUGGAGAGCAGCCGUCGGCGCACAGAGCUCAGUGAAGUGUGUCUGCAGCAGCAGCAGAGGCGAGCACAACACUGGAUUACCACCACACAGAGGCCUCUCCAGAAGAGGGCAGCGUGAGACCAAGUGCAACUCCCAUCAGAUCAGGUCCUCGGGCAGUCUGCGCUGUCAGGAUCACGCCUCUGACAACCAUGAAAGGCUCUCCUGACCUGAUUCCUGCUGCAGAUCUGGACCCCAGCAGAGUGUGCAAAGGCAAAGGAGUGGUGACUCUAAGGGCCACCCUCGUCCACAUAGAUGAUGAGGGCUGCAUCAGCGAAGAGCCAAAUGUCAUCACAACGCCAAGUGGCUGGACAAGCCAGAUUAAUGGAGACAGCUCUAAAGCAGGAUUGGCCGAGGGAGGCAGCAACAUCACAGCUGAUUUACCUCCUGUAAACAACACUCAGUGCCAGGCAUAUACACCAGAAAGUAUCAGCGAAAAUCAGCCUCCGUCCUCCACUGACGGUCAGGACAGUAUCACAUCAACGUCCAGCUCUGUUUAUCCCUGCACUAGCACAGUUAACCCCACCAUAGUCCUGCUGCAGCACAACAGAGAGCAGCAAAAGCAUCUUUCUCAUUUUGAAGAUCCAACCCCGGAAAGGGACAAAAACCCUGAACCUGGGAGAGACUCAGUCAGUCCGGUCCCUGAUAUGGACUGGAAGAGGCUGCGACUGUCACUGAACUCCCCCGUCCUCAGUCCUCUCAACCAGCCCAUUGUGCCUGUACGGAACACUGAAAAGUCCAAAGACUGGUACAAGACAAUGUUUAAGCAGAUACACAGAAUACCAGAGCCUAUUGAGGAAAACCCUUACCGCCCCACCUACAUUUUCCCUGAGAACUAUGACAUUCAGAUGAAAUCCAAAGAUGAUGGUCCCAGCCCCUUUGGUUACUUGAAAGAUGUGAAAACAGUCCCACGCUCAAAAAGUGACGCCGAGGUUGAUUCUAGAGGCCGGUCGAUGCCUGUGCCAACACGCUCCUCUUCCCUCAAACCGUCUGCCAAAAGGAACGAGUGGGAGCCCCCGGAUAAAAAGGUAGACACCAGGAAGUACCGCGCCGAGCCCAAGAGCAUCUUUGAGUACGAGCCGGGGAAAUCGUCAGUGCUGAAGCUGGAGCGAACGACUCAGGAUGUAAGUCCCGAAGAUGUAGAUUUAGAGAAUGAGCCUUGGUAUAAAUUCUUUUCAGAGAUGGAGUUUGACAAAGCGAGUGCCCCCUCUUUCAGCCCCCUGGAAACAGCCUCCGACCUGCAGCAGUACUCCUCGAGCAAGUCUGGACACAGCGAGGUGGAGAAGGACAGUGGAUCAUCCACGGGCGAGCCUGUGGCUCCAGACUGCGACCGCCAUGUUUACAAGAGUGUCCUGGAGGGCGGCGACAUACCCUUACAAGGUCUCCGGGCCCUAAACAAGCGCCACGGCAGCUCCUCCUCCUCUAAAGUGGAUUAUAAAGGUGGGAAUAGCUAUAUAAUUUCACCUUGCUCCUCUGUAAAUAGUCGAUCGGUUCUUGCCAGUAAUGCAAUAGGUAACCAGUGUAAGAGUAUGAAGCCUCUAUCUGCUGCCAAAGCCUGCAUACCCCAAAUCCUGCCUUCUAAGUUCAAGCCCAAGCUGCUGCCGCCUAGUGGUGACAGUCAGGAAAGCAGGACUAAAGCUGUCAGGCACCCAAAGGCCCACAGCUGUGAGGAUCUGUACACGGGGCCGUGUGACUCAGACUUUGCUGGAGCUGAGGAAAGGGAGAGUGGGCAACAUGCAGACUGUAAGUCCAGCUGUGGCUCUGAGUGCAUCGAUGGCCUCAGGAAUGUUUCCCCUGCAAUUAGGAGGAGUGCAUCAGAGUUUUCCAGCCUGUACAGGACCAUGCAUCACAUCCAACGGCCCAGCUCAGCCGGCUGCAGCCCCCACGGUAGCGUCCGCAGCCUGGCUUCUCUUUUUGAGAAGGCAAAGGCCGACAGGGGUGAAAGGUCAGAGGGAGAGGACGGGGGUAACAUUCCACGAGAUGCAGUGUCGUCACGGGUCAGCGAGUUUGAAAUGAUCAUCCAGCGGUCCAGCCCGGCGCCCAGCCGCUCCUCCUCCCUGCCUACCCUGCACUCCAGCCACAGCCACAGCCCCAACCACAGCCCCGCCCACCUCUACAUGGCUUCUGCAGUGUCAGCGGAGUCCCUUUUGGUAGCCGACACCACCCAGACGGAUGCCUGCUCCCCGGUGGAGGCAGAGGGAAAGAGCUGUGGGGAGGAGGCCAGUGUGACAGUAGAGGAUUCUGCUUCCUCGGAGGAGGAUGGACAAACUGUCGGGACUGAGUCCCCCUUUAACACUGAGGCCGAGAUCGAGCAGAUCUUCAGUAGAAGGUCCCCAGAACUGAUCCACCACAAUGUCAAUGAAUCAAAGAGUCCCUCCGCACAGUUGACAGCAUCCCCUCCACAACACAACCAUGUCCACCACCACCACCAACACCUCCUGCACCACCUGAACCAUCAACUCCUCCACAAACCCAGCAAAUGCAAAGGUUCCUGCCCAGCCUCCUACACCCGCUUCACCACCAUCCUCAGGCAUGAGAGGCAGCAGGCAUCAACCCAGCAGGAGAAGGCACCAUCUCUGGAGAAGAAGACCACACUCCCUGGGAACCUCUUUCUCAUGGGCCCCGCUCCCUUCAGGUUACGAAAAAACCUGCAGUCCCACCAAACUCGGAGAACCCUGUUAGCCACCAAGGUGACAACGGGCACCCAGAGGCCCUCCACUCUGUCUCCUGAGCUCAGACCUUCGAUCCCUCAGCGCCUGUCCUCCCUGGAGGUCCUGGAGAGGCUGAGUAACGGCGAGGGAACUGACCACCUGAGUAACGUGCAGGGCUUGGACGCCAACGGGAACCUACUGCAGCCGCUGGCAGCUCACCGCAGAGACUCGUCCCCAGCACAUGGGGAGAGCCCAGACGAGGUGUUAAGGAGACGUCAUGGGGACAAAGAGAAAAUCUUGGAGGAGCAGCGGCGGCUGAAGCGGGAACAGGAAGAGGCUGACACGGCGUCGAGGCGACACACAGGCAUUGUCCCAACGCACCACCAGUUCAUCACCAACGAGCGUUUCGGUGACCUGCUCAACAUCACAGAUAACACAGAGAAGAGGAAAUCAGGCAUAGAGAGAACUCCAGCUAUGGCUCGCUUCGACUUCAGAGCAGAAACUCUAAAGGAAUUACCAUUUCAGAAAGGAGACAUCGUCUACAUUAUUCGACAGGUGGAUCAAAACUGGUAUGAAGGGGAACACCAUGGAAGAGUCGGUAUUUUCCCUCAGAGUUAUGUUGAGCUCCUUCCCCCCACAGAGAAAGCCCAGCCAAAGAAAAGUGUCCCAGUGCAGGUACUGGAGUAUGGAGAAGCUCUCGCUCGCUUCAACUUCACUGGGGACACAGUGGUGGAAAUGUCCUUUAAAAAGGGAGAGAGGAUCACAUUGAUUCGGAGAGUCGAUGAAAACUGGUAUGAAGGCAAAAUCUCAGGCACCAACCGCCAGGGCAUCUUCCCCGUCACCUACGUAGAAGUGCAGAGACGACCCCGUGUCAAAAAUGGGGUGGAGUUUCCUGAUCCUCCUGUCAGCCAGUCCCCACAGCGCAGCACCAAUGCUUCUCCUCAGCUGUAUCGUAAUCGUCUGACCACCUCCCCCCUGCCCCUCCCUCGCUCCCCACGCCGCUCUGUGUCCCCUGAGGUCCACGCUAUCUCCUCUGAGUGGAUCUCCCUGACUGUGGGAGGCGGGAGCCCUCCUGCCGCCCCCACCCCUCCCCUGCCACCGCUGCCCACCGUGUCCUACCGCUGCGGCGAGUACCUGCCCCCGCCCUUCUCUGCCAGCCCUGUGCCUGCCAUCACUGGCAGCCCAUACUGUGUCUCCCCCAUGGCUUCCCCAGCGGCCUCCCCUCUUCCCCCGCCAUACCCGCCCAGACCCAACUCGACCACUCCCUUCGUCACUUUCACCCCACCUCAGGGGGAGGAUUUCCUACUCUCCCCUCCCUCCCCACGUCUUUCACGCAGCGUGAGCCCCUGUGGAGGGCCGGUGCUGGAGGGCUGGCUGAGGGGGGAGAAGGAGUUGACAGAGGGGGAAGGCGCAGAGGGGGACAGGGGCCACGCAGCCCCAGGCAGCAGGCGAAAUAGCCCUGCAGAGUUUAUGAGGAAUGACGACCAUCAUGGACGGAGCUCAAGAAGCCCUGUGAUGCUGUUUGACAUCCAAGAGAACAACAAUGUUAACUCAUUUGCGGAGGCAGUGUGUAAUGAGAUCUUGAAUAUAGCUGAGACCUCGGUGAGGUACUGCAGCACCUUGUCCCACCACCCUCAUGACUCUGUCCAUAGACUGCACCCCCACCCCAGUAAACAAUCUUUCAUCAUUUCCCAGCAACCCCAGUCCCACAGCAGCAGCCCGGAGCCAAGCCGUCUAAACUGUGGAAUUUUCCAGGCUCUGUACAGUUAUGUGCCACAGAACGAGGACGAGCUGGAGCUGAAGGAGGGAGAUCUCGUCAGCGUCAUGGAGAAGUGCGAUGACGGCUGGUUUGUCGGUACCUCAAAGAGGACAAAACAGUUUGGGACUUUCCCUGGGAAUUACGUGAAGGAGGUGAAACUGUAAACAUAUCUAAUCUGGCUGUAACACAUGGUUGCCUGUCAAGCUUGGGAAGUCAUUUCUAUCGCGCAUGGCUGUUGGUUAGCAUAGUCAUUUAGCCAGGCAAAACCAUCUUGUCUGGGAAAGUGAUCGGUCGGCCUGAGGUAUGUCAGACUGCAGGAGGCGGAGACAGAGACAGCUCACUGCCCAACCUCAGCACGGUGUACACCUUGACCACAUUUAACACUCUUGUUGACAGAAUUCGUCCGUCUCUACGUGUGGAAUUUCUCUUGGACAACCUCCCACAAACUAGCUUUUAUUGUACAGAUAAUAGCUUCCAUUAUGUCCAUGUAAUAUACAGUUAAUAAGUGUUUACGUAGCACCUCAGUCUGGAGGCCGGCAGCAGAGCAGUGUAUGGAUCAAAGAGUGGUAAAUGGACUUUGAGGAAUUCAGAAUGUAUUUUAAUGGGAUGUGGGGUUUGAGCUGUUUGUCAUGAGCUACCUUUCAGGUGCAGAUGUGUUUAUCAUCAUUAGCUAAGUAUGAUGCAAAAUAGGCAUCUCAUGAUUCAAAAAUUAAGUCUUUUAGACGUCUGAAAAAAAAAAAAAAAACCUCCAGGGACGAAUUCACAAUUAAUGGAUUGUGCCCACAGAUUGAUCUGCCUCCGCCAUUCAAAGGUCUAAUUCACAAAAGAAAUGAUAUUACAAGAUACCCAUAAUGUUUUGCAUCUGACUGCAGUUAUCCAUGUGGAAAAGUAUAACACACAUUUCAAAAUGACAGCUGGCAGGAACAGAUGGAAGAGCAGCAAAGAUAAGACAGGCUGAUGGAGACUGUGGCAAAAGAAAAAAUGCCCCUCAUCAGCUGAUACAAGAGGCAGGAGAAGAGGAAGAGAGAGAACGAGAGGAAUGGGAAUGAAUAGAUUAAACUUACACAAAGCAUGAAUUCAGUCAGGAGAGACUUCCUAACAAUUAACAAUCUCUUCACCAACUCUCUGAAGAGGCCAAUAAUUUUUUUUUGCCAGUGAGUCUCAUUUGCAUAGAAUGAUGCCCCAGAUGUAUACAUAUUACCAAAUGUAUAUACAUACAGAUAGCACCAGAGCACUGUGAAGCAGCGCAGUCAGAGGUCCAUUUCAUCCUUUGCAGGUGCUUUGAGAAAUUACACAGUGUGAUUUUAUCUAAUUUUGCAGGUUUGGCAGCUGCAUAAGGUGUGCAAUCCUGUUGUGAAUUCGCCCCACAGUGUUUAAUCAACAUGCCGGAUAUUUAAUGUGGUGGACAUUUUUCCUCAGUUUAGAUUUAAGAAAAGGACCUCCAGAGCUUGAAGACUUAAAGCCUUUAUGUGUGAAGCCCUUUCAGUCCUGUUUUACUUUCUGUCACAUGUUCCGAAUCAUCAUCAAGUCAGUAUUGGCUACUUUCACAGAACCUCAGUGUAAUCCAAAAGCUUUAGAUACCGGUACAGUAUUGCCUUUAUUUUCCAUCCAAAGGCUGUUAUACCUCAGUUUUACACAGUCAUGUGCAUGACGAGAAACACUAAAAUGUUGAAGUGUGCUUUAAGCUUCUCCUUUUCACAGUUACCACAGCAAACACAAAUACAGGACACAUGGACUGUGUUGCAUGUUUGAUAAAAGAAACUGUGCUAAUGCACAUCCUAUAUUUUCAGAAAUUAUUUCUCCUUUUAUCCCUCUUCUGUCAAAAUGAAACUGUGUUUGUUGAUGCCUGUAAGGUAGCUGGUGUCAGAUGCCUGGCUGCAGCUCAACCACAGCACAGGCGUGGUAGCAUUUAACUUCCUGUUUGGACAUUUAGGGAGAUCCCAUCUAAUGAGUUGACAGUAUAUUAAUCAGUCAUGACAUGAAAGCUAUUUAAUGUGUUAAGUGAAGCCAACAAGGUGUCUUAGAGUAUAGAGAUUUUAACCAUGCCCUUACUGACAAGAUUGUACGUUUUAGUCAUGUAAAUGUGUACAGAAAACUUUAAGAGGCCUUCUGAUAUGGCUACAUAUUUUCAUAUGUGAUGACUACAACAUGGGUAGUACAGUUAGUUGAAUGUUUCAAUAAUAAGGUCAGAAUUAGUACAGCAUGCACCGUAAAAGUCAGAUCACAGCAUGAAACAUUAUCACUAUAUGUCGGCUUCAGCUUAAAGAGAACAGAAGUGAUGAUGACAGGGUUAACAGGCUGCUCUUUGAGCUUCAAUAGCUCAACGACGGAGGCUGGCUUUAAAUGCUGCUAUCAAAGCAUCGGAGCCAUCUUCCUGCGAGAACAGAGCUCCCACAUGUCCAGCACCAUCAGAUCGUGUAACAGACACCACAUGUCAGAGUGGAUCCCUCCACACUCACAGAAUGAAAGAUGAUCGCUAUUGUUUUUCUUUGCUUGUGUUUUCAUCAAAUUCCGCGUUGUCAUCAACCGCUGCACUGUGCUCAUCAGUCCUCGGCAGAGCUGUCAAAUAGGACUUGCAAAUAUCACUUACUGCUUGUUGCAACCUGCUCGGAGCAGCAGAUGGAUGCAGUUUGUAGGGCUGAAGCAACAUUGUGAAGUCUGUUCAGUUUCUACUAGGGGGCUCAACGUAGCAAGCUAUCUGAUGCUCCAAGUAGCUGAAGUCAGAUCUUUUUCUAAUCAGACUGCCAGACUAUCAGCGGGUCAGCCUCUGUGUAUAACUCUUCAUGAUCGCCUAUAAAAUCAGAAACAUAAUGUGAAAUAUUCAAAGAUAAAAACAGUUACUAGAUCUAAAAGUGUAUGUGUACUAUAUCUUUGUUUUCUGCGUAUGAAUGUGUUAGAUACAGUUGUGCAGUGGUGGUGAACAUUGACCUUAUUGGCUGUGUGAGGUGAUAUAUGUGGUUUGAUAACUGAUGAAGUACAUUCAUUUAAGAAAACUCUGUAGCAAUCAGUGUUUCAUCCUCUCUGACGUUUGCUGUUGAGACGAAAUCAGAUGUUUCUUCCUGUGCAGAACUGACAACUUCGCCAGCAUCAGUAAAGAAAUGUUUUGUCAGUAUAAUACACUGCGUUAUGUGUUAGCCUGUACAGCACUGAUACAAUAUUCAGGUAUCUUGUAACGCCAGAAAAGCAUGUUUUCCCUCCACUGCUGGCUAAACAUUUCUGUUCCUGUGCGACUCCAGAUCCGCAUGAAUGUGCUGAUUGGUCGGCUUUUUCUUCCCUGCCAGAACAAAGAGAGAGAGAGAGGUUCGCGUCAUCUCCAUCACACUGUGUGAUGGACAAAUAAUCAAUCACUCGUUUAGUCACAACACAACUCACUUAAGAUUGUUCCUGUGAUACUGUGCUCCGUAAACAUCACAGAAUGUAUGAAUGUAUGAAUAUAUGAAUGUGGCCAAUGCACACAUAAUAUGUACAAAAAAAUGAAUCUUCAUCUAUUGAGCAGCAUGGCACAAGAAGGAUUGUAAAUAUGUAAAAUAAAGAAAUAGACUGCGAGCAAUGGGAGCAUCAGAUGGAGCUCUCGUUCACUCGCAGCCAUUUAUUUACCUGAAGGAUUUUUUUUUUUUUUUUUUUUUUUUGGCAAAGCACAGAGUGGAGCGUUAACUGAGCACAGGAAGUUUGACGCAUAUGAACAUUACGCUGCCAUUUGUGAGGAUCAUAAUGCCUUAUGUUAGAUGCAAAAUCGUGCCUCAUUUUGAUUUAAUGUCUUUUUUUUUUUUUUUUUUUUUUUUUUGGAGUAUCACUGAAAUGUAUCCAUGACAUAUUUAAUGUAACCAAGGUUUUCCCGUUAGUCCUAGUUUCUGUGAUGGGAGAACAUUUACUAAGAACAGUCAGUUACUGUGCAAGUACCUAAAAGUGUGACACAAUGCUUUAACUUAAUGAUUAAUAAUCAUGAGAAUGGACUAGUUUGAUGAGACGCAUAACCUGCAACAGGUUUGGUUUGUUUGCUUCAAUUUGCAGUGCUGUUACAUUGACAAUAUUAAAAAUAAAGAUACUAUACACUGCUGUGACUUCGGUAUUAUGCAAUAUUUAAUAAACCAUUUAAACCGC